AUGUUACUAGAUUGUUAUAGCUAUCAGGACAACAACGACGAGUGUUCCAGUAACAACGGCGGCUGUGAACACAACUGUCACAAUACAGCUGGCAGUUACACCUGUGCCUGCCAGCCUGGAUAUCAACUUUCAGGAUCAAUCUACUGUACCGAUGUCGACGAGUGUUCCAGCUCACCUUGUCAGAAUAACGGAACAUGCCUUAACCUCAUCAACGAGUACCGCUGUGACUGCCCAUCUGGAUGGACAGGUGCCAACUGUCAGACAGAUGAAAAUAACUGCUUCCUUGGAGCAUGUGACAACGGUGGCACCUGUGUGGAUGGCCACAACACGAUAUCCUGUCAGUGUCCUGCAGGGUACAAAGGAGAAAGAUGUCAAUCACCCCCUUGCAGUGAAGACUUUGACUCCCCUCAAUACGGUGGCAAAGUGUGCACAACCUCUGACGUCACAACUGGCAGAAUGACCUGUACAGUGUUCUGUGAAGGGGACAGGGAGUUUGCAGGUCGUCCAGCGGAUGCCUACAACUGCAAUGCGCAAGGUGUUUGGAGCGCCGUAUUUGCAGAUUCGAAUUCUCCACAACCACUGACAUCCAGCGUUCGACCAUGGCCAGACUGUACAGGGAGAUAUCGUCCAGGGAGAGCUCAUGUAAAAGGAGAUCUCUUCUACUUCUAUGGCGGCGACUGUCAAAGUAGUAUGCAAGAGAUCAUUGCCAACUUCCAACAGCUCUUCAGCCAGCUACAAUCUAGUCAGUCUGCCGGAGACAUCUCUAUUGGGCUGGGGACCAUCGAACUGGACUGUGGAGGACAGAGUAGAAGCAUCAUUGGCAAGAAGAGAACCUUCGUCAACCCAAAGGUUAAGAGAUCCACAGAUGGGUUCACCAUUCACUUUGAAGUGUUGGCCACCACCUCACAAAGCAACGUAACCGAAAAUCAACAGUACGACCUUGUGUUUGCCUUGGACGACAUCUACUUCGAGAUCGAAGGUAAACUGUCGACCGACGACUUUAACCUGGUCAUCGCAGGACAGAAACUUGUGGCAGGAUCGUUCGAUAUGGGCUUUGCAGAAAUGGACGUCAAUUGCACUAGUGGACAGCUCACGUACAAGGACAACUAUCAGGCAUAUUGUACCUGCGUUGGCAGUUCUGGUCCUUGUUCGAGCUGCGUUUACGAGAAGAGACAACUAAUCUGUAAGUGUGAAGUCGGAUAUACCGGAUCCAAGGACGGACUGACGUGUGGAGUUGACAGUGAUCAAGAUGGUUUCCCGGACGUGUCCUUGCCGUGUAAUGACACAUCUUGUUAUCAGGAUAACUGCCCGGUGACUCCAAACAGUGGACAAGAGGACACUGAUGAUGACGGUUUAGGAGAUGCCUGUGACGACGAUGCAGACGACGAUGGUUUCCUGAAUACAUUGGACAACUGCCAACUGCAUGCCAACCCUGACCAGACAGACACAGACGGUGAUGGAGUAGGUGAUGCGUGUGACAACUGUCAGGUGGACAUCAACACUGACCAGGAAGAUACAGACAGUGACGGGUGGGGAGAUGUCUGUGAUCAGGACAGCGAUGAAGACGGAUUCAUAGACAUCCAAGACAACUGCCCGUUGCAUCCCAACAGUAACCAGACUGAUUCUGAUGGAGACAGUGUAGGAGAUGCCUGCGACAACUGCCCACAUAUUACGAACGCCGAUCAGGUCGAUGCAGAUCAGAACCAAAUCGGAGACGUCUGUGCAAAUGGUAUUGACAGUGAUGCCGACGGUUUUCCUGACAGUCUGGACAACUGCAGAAUGGAGCCGAACAGUGCUCAGCUGGACACGGAUAACGAUGGACAAGGAAACGAGUGCGAUUCUGACGAUGACAACGACCGAGUACCUGACGAUAUUGACAAUUGCCGCCUUGUUCCAAACAGGGAUCAGGCCGACUUUGACGGUGACGGUAUCGGUGAUGUCUGUGAACUUGACUUUGACAAUGAUGGAGUGACAGACGCUGAUGACGUGUGUCCUGAAAACAACCUGAUCAGCAGCACGGACUUCAGGAACUACCGAACCGUCAACCUCGCGGGACCCAACUCCAACAACCCGCCAAAAUGGGAGUUCCUCAAUCAGGUUGAUGACGACUUUGUGGGUUUCGUCUUCAGCUAUCAGAGCAACUCUCGGUUCUACCUGAUGUCCUGGAAACAGGCAGGGGACAGCAGUGAUGGACAGGCGGGGGUACAGCUGAAGUUGGUGAACUCGACUACCGGACCUGGUGACGACCUGUCCCUGGCUCUUUGGAAGGGUGCGGAGGUCCCGGGACAGACCAAGCUGCUGUGGGAGGAUCCUAGCAAAGUCGGCUGGAGCUACAACACCGCCUACCGCUGGGAGCUGAAGCACCGGGUGGACAUCGGACUCAUCAGGUAA